AAUCGGCUGAGCGGCUCCUUCUGGCCGGAUGGACGUUUCUGCACAAUAGACAGCACCAAAAUUGGAUUUGCUGAAAGAGCACGAAUCGUCGCAGGGGCUCAGGUCCUGGGCAUCGGCUUUGAUUCCAUUUUGCGACUCCUGCUCUUCCUCAAGCUGCCGCCACCAGCGCAGACAGACGAGACGAUUUCUCAACAUUUUUCUUUUCUCCCAGUCUCCCAGUCUGCUGCCUCAGACUCAGACGACUUGGCUCCGAAAGAUGCGCUGCCGCCGGGUUGCUCAAGUGGCCCUGCCGACGGCAGACAUGUCUUGUCGCGAUGCCGAGCAGCCGAGUUUGUGCGCCAAUCAGACAACAAACCCUUUCCCAUCCAAACUAUGUCUGGUGUCAGAAAUGGCUUACAUUUUGACUAUCGCAACUGGCAAAUCGUGCUCCAAUCCACAAUGGAGCUGGUAUAUGGUCUCCUUGAUUCAGAUCAAGUAAGUCUCCAAGACGCAGAUCUGGAAAACCUUCCAGCUAAGCGACUACAACCCUUUAUCCUAUUCGCCUCUCUUGCUCCUCCAAACGGCGCCUUCAGACACUUGGCCUCUGGACCCUUGUGCUGGUAUGGUGAAUUGGGUUGGUCCUUUGACGCCUACUCCUCGUCCGGCCUCAAGUUUCCAGCUCACUGGGCGCAUAAGGCCUCUUGUUGCCGACUCGGUGACGCUAGCAGGGGCUUUCGCAACGCAUGCGAUCCAUUUGCACAACGACCGGUAUCCAAGACGGGCUCAGGGGGGCAAGCCUAUCGGCUGUAG